AUGCCUGAGCAAGUUUUAUACACUCUUCAUACCAUUUGGGAAUGGGCUGUGUAUCAAAUUGAAGAAAUACUAACAUUAUCAAAAGCUGUUGAGGACAGGCAUCAAGUCAAAAUUCAACAUGCUUCUGCAAAAAAUACUUUUGAAAUAAUUGGAAUCGAUUAUGAUUCGGUGGAGAGGGCGCGUGAAGAUUUUUCCGAAAUAUUAAUGGCUAAAUCAUCAGAAGCCAAAAUAGUUCUCACAGUUCCUCCACGAGAAAAAAAACCUUCCAAAUUUGAUCGAGAUCCAUUGGUUGUCGUUGAUGAUCCUUCAAAGGUUUUAAAUUGCCAUCAUCGUGGAGCUAAUAAUACUCCUUUUGAUUAUUGGAAAGAUAUUUGUAAAGAUUGUAAUGUGACUGGAGAUUUGUUUCUUGAUAGUAGGAAAAUUCGUGUUACAGGUGGGACAAGACGAGAUAUCGAAAAGGCUAUUCAUAGACUCAAGACAUUGGAACAAAUCUAUCUUCGGUCUGAUUUCAGACCAAAAAGAGUUCCACUUGUACAUUAUCCAAAUCAAGAUGUUCAUUUCAAACUAUAUUUCCUUCCGUUGAAAAAUCAUGGAUAUUUUAAAAUGACUAUUAAAUCACACGCAGACCAAAAUGUAUAUUUGCUUAUACAUGCUAUCCUAGACCCUAAAACUGGCAAAUAUAAAAUACCAAAAUCUCUUAAAGGAAAAAAUAAAGUUAUAGUUACUCAAAAUAGUAAUGAUAUUCGAUCAACACCACUAUCGCCCGCAAAUAAUGAAAGUUAUAGUGAGUCACAAAAUCCAUUGCCACAAGAAUCUCAUUGGAAUGCUGGCCUUGAACAAAAUUCUCGAUCACACUUUCCUGCUUUACCAAACACAAAAAAACGCUCUCAAUAUACCGAGGCAAAUACUACAAGUCAACUUUCCACUUCCUCCUCUUCUGGACCAAUUUUGUGGAAUACUAAAACUCAAGACACAAAUUUUCAAAUUUCAAAAGAAUCUAAAAGAUAUACUGAUAUUUUUGAUGAAAAACCAUAUAAAGAAGAUAUGGAUUACAAAACUAAAAAGAUUGAUUUGCAGAAAAGUCCUGAACAAACUCACCCUUUAAAUCUAUCAAAUGUUACGCCUGGAAAAAUGCUUAGAGAUUAUAAUUUUGUUCGAACAAAAGAAGCAUUGAUUGAAGGAAUGGAGCAUGUUCGAGCAUUUAGAGGCGAAAUCCGUUUUUCAGGAAGAUUGGGCAAAGUUUUGUUUUCCGAUGUUCCGCCACAAGUUUCAUCAAAACUUUGGGAAUUUUAUGAAUUAAAAGAUAUUAUUAAAGAAAAAUGUGUUCGAUCAAGUUUCACCGAGAUUGCCACGCACGAAGAAAUCUUUUAUAAUGGAUUCACUAAAGUGCUUGACAAUAAAGCAUACUACACCAAUCAAUAUUUUGAAAUUGAUGCAAAUGCGAGAAAUGCACUAUACGGUGAAUAUACUCCCGUAACCAUGUAUAUUAAUAUGAAUUAUGUUUCAUUAGAAAAAGUUAUGAUGAAAUGGAAUCGUGUAGCAGAUGUUGAAUGGUCCGUUUUGGAUCGAAAAGCACUUCGACAUGAUGUCAGACCAUUUAAUACAUUUAUGAAAAAAGUAUCAAUUAGUCCAUCAACUCGUAUAAUCACAUUCGAGAAUGUGCCUGAAUUCUUGGAAGUCAAUCAAGUUAAAAAUAUCACUGUCAACAAAUACCAUUUACAUUUUCCUUUUAUAGCUGAAGUUAAUCGUGUUGAAAUAUUACCUCUUAAUCCACAAAAGAAUUCUAAAAAAAUUCAGGGUAAAACUGAUUAUGGAACAUUUUAUUAUACCAUCGAGAUUUACGAUAGUAAUCAUAGAGAAAUGCUUUCAAAAAAUCUAAAUCUUGUUACAGGAACAAUUGCAAGUUGGACAGUUUGUGAUCUUCUUGGCGAAGAUCCAACAUAUAUAAAUAUGGUUGAAUUCAUUAAAACCAUGUUAUUAUUGGUAGAGAGAUGCAACAAAGUUGCAGAAGAUAAAUUAAAAGAAUUGUUGGAUGAGUUUUUUAAGAAAAAUCUAUAA